AUGCCAGGCGAUCAAAGUAUCAAAGAAGCAAGUGUAUGCCUAUACAAACUUCUUAUUUGGCGUGCAUUCGACUUGCUCAUUGCUCAGCUGCGCGAUCGAGAGUGUGUGCGUGAACGAGUGGCCGUUGAACUGGACGAGGAGGGUGAUCGUGUUCGCGAGUACGAUGAUCGUCUUGAAGAAUCUGACGAUCGAGGCACAGACAACGAGUUCGUACGAGAACGCGACCGAGACCGAGGAGAACGCGAACGACUUCUCGUCGCAGAUCGUGUCAUGCUACGCUUCGAAGAUGAUCGUCGUGACGCACGUGAAGUAUCCGAACGUGUGCGCGAACGGCUACGGCUGUAU